AUGUCCACCUCGCUCUCCUACUGUGCCGACUGUGCCAAUCUCCUCUAUCCGCGCGUCGACCACGCCAACCACGUGCUGCUCAACGCCUGCCGCAACUGCCCCUACUACGAGGAGGCACAGAGCAACCUCGUCUUCCGCAACGACCUCAUGAGCGUGUCCAAGGAACAGGCCGGCGUCACCGACGGCCUCGCAAAGGACCCGACGCUGCGGCGCACGGCGGAGCUCGAGUGCCCCAGGUGUGGACGCGCCGAAGCAGUGACGUUUCAAGAUCAAGGCAAGCGUGUGGCAAACCGCAUGAUUCUCUUCUACGUGUGCGCGAGCUGCCAGCAUACAUUCAACGCUCCAGGCAUCACUCCCGGACAGCGGAAAUGAAGGCGCGUGUCUCUCUCUCUGUUCUUUCGCGCGCGCAAACAAACACGAUUGGAGCUACUACUUGGGAGCCACGGCCGACUCUGAGAGAGAGAGAGAGAGAGAGAGAGAGAGAGAGAGAGAGAGAGAGCAGGGGAG